GUCUUAAUUAAAAUUAAAUUAGGAAAAACUAUUCAUGUGAGUUAACUGAGUAAUAGGUUUAAUGUAUGAGUGUUUCAAUGUUUGUUUGACGUUUGUUAUUAGCUUAAGAAGAAAGUUAAGACAAGUUAUCUAAUACUAAUACUCUAAUUAUGAUUAUGAGUAUGAGUGUAGUAGGCUAUUAUUAAUUAUAUAAUGAACACAUACAUUAUUUAUAAUUUUAUACUUAUACCUACUACUAAUGCCUAAUUAUAGUUUAUAGUAAUUUAUAAUUUAUAGUAUAUUAAUAUUACUAUACAAUAUUCAAUAGUAUAGAGUUUAUAAUAUUAGUAGGCCCUAUAGUAUAGUGAAUAGUGACAUUUGGUGACAGUGACAGUGAUUUCAAUGAUAUUUUUAUUUAAAAUUUAUAAGUGAGAAGGCAGUAAGAUAGUUUUGUCUUAAUUAACUUAGUAAUAGAACUAAGAAGUAGCCUAGGCCAAAUAAUGAUUUAUUAGCUAAAAAGUAAGUUAGUAUUAUUAGUAAGUUUUAAUACUUUUUAUAACUAUAAGUAUAAGGUAUAAUGUGUGAGUAUAGACUAUAGUCUAUAGUCUAUAGCAUGGGCGCCCGCAAGGGGGGGGGGGUACUGCCCCCCCCCCCCCGGCUGGUUGUGAGAAAAAAUUGUACNUCUACAGUAAAUUAAAACUACAUUAAAACAUUACUAAAAAAUUUUUGCCCCCCCCCCCCACCUAGAAAGUUAAUUGAUUUUUUUGCCCCCCCCCCCUAGAAAGUUUUCUGCCUGCGCCCAUGGUCUACAGUCUACAGUAUAUUAUAAUCUAAAUAUAGACAGUAUAUGUAUUACCAGUUACAGUAGUUAGGUACCUGGACAAAAUUUUCAAAAUGGAUUUACAACUGUGGUCACUGUUUUGAAACUUUCAUAAAAUUAUUGGGGUGGGAUGGGGAAAAAAAAAAUUCAUUUGCCUAUUCUUGUAGAUAAUUGGAUCCUCUAAACAGUGGUUAUCAUACAAAUCACAACUUGUGGAGAAUGUAGGAGAAAUUAAAAAGUAUACUUUCCUUAAUUCAUCUUGAUAUAGUUAUCCAUUCAUAGUAAUAGUUUAAUUAGUUCUGCUUUAAUAUCAAUUACAUUUUGUAUGUAUACUUACAGUUUAAUUAGUUAAAACUUAAUGUAGUGUCAUAGUGUUAGAAUUUGUUAUAGCAGUUUAUUUAAUGAUCCACUUUGGGGGAAUCUAUGUUUUUAGUUAAUUUAUGGUUAAUGAAAGGUUGGUCUUUUGUGGGCCAACUUGUCAAUGUCAGCUGUUAAAAUAUGAAAAUGUAUUUGAAAUGGAACAAUAAAUGUUAUUGUAGAGUAACUCUAAAAAAGGCUCCUUAGAUACAUUGUAUUAUUAAUUAACUUUUUAUUUCAGACAUUACCUUUGGUGAAAAACAUAUAAGUGCAUUUGAAACUAGCUAAAGGAAAAGUGGUAAUAUUUCAGUUUUCACAGUUAUGAAGAAGAAAUACAUUUUAGAAUGUAUUAACUUUAAAGAGAACUCACUGGACAGCUCCACUACAAUUUGACUAAGAAAUUAUUUUGUUCUACUUACUCAUAGCUAACCAAACUCAUGCUUAGUGUAAUGUCCAUGGAGUCUGGUGGAGACUCACACCCAGUUGAUCCUGGAAGUAUUUCUGAUGAAGAUCUGUUGGCCUUGUUCCAACCAAAUCUGGACAAUGAUUCGCCUGCAAGUAACUUAGAUUAUUUUUCUGACCUUGCUGAUCUAGCUCAAAGCUCAGCUCCCUUAAAUGAGGGGGAAAGGCAAACUUCAGCUGCACCAGUCUACCCAGGGGAGCACCAAGAUAGCUUGUGGCCAGACUCAAAAUAUAACCAAAGCUUUAAUAGAAGUUGGAGUCCUUAUUUGAAUGGAAUAGAGGACAUUAGUGAUGAAAGUUCAGAUUCUACAGAUAUGCCUCCAGCCUCUGUAUUUCAUCCAGAACAGGAUAUGCACAUAUCAAACCAAAACUCCCCAUUUUCUAGUGCAGCCAUGAAUGUCGACCAAGAUAUAACUAACCUCCCAAAUAUUCAAGUUCCAGUUCUUCUAAGAAAUAGUGAAGAACAUUCAAAUUCUUCUCAAUUAGAUAAAGGACUGGAGUUUCCGUCAUCAACAGUUUCAUUACUUCCAACAUCACACCAAAGCCAAAAUGAAUUUUUUCCAAACUCGUCACAAAGCUCAGGAUUUUCAAGCUCAGGAAAUAAUGAACUUAGCAGAUAUUGGGAUCCCCACCUUUCUGGCUUACUAGAUGAAGAAGGAGAAGUGUUUAAAAGUUCUAUGAAAGCUGUCGAUCUCUCAGUAUCAGGGCGGACAGACUUUUCAAACCAUUCCUCGGAAAUACCCUUCGGCAAAGAGUUUAUUGGAAAAUUUGAGUCUGAGAUUGUUAAUGUUAAGGGAAAAGUAAGUCACUCUUAAACAUAAGUGUAUUUUUAUAAGUAUAUAUUCAUUUUAAUUAAUUUUGUUUCUUUAUGCAUAUUUACUUUUAAAAUGUACAUAAGUCAAUAUUAUUUAACAAUGCACCAACUUGAAGUGAAAAGGAGUGGGAUGAAAUUUUAUUUUUAAAAUCACCAACUUAUUGACAUUGUGGCUAAAUGAUUUCUCUUGCAGUCAAAACAUAUAGGCAAAUAUGUAUAUCUGUAAUAUUAAAAUCUAUGAACAAUAUCACUUGAGGUUUGGGUCAUAGAACUAUUAAAGAAGUUACUAUUUCUCUUAAAUGCAUUUUAAACAUUUUGUCAAUUGAUUCAUUUUUAUUUGUUGUUCUCUAGAUAUCCAGUGGUGAAAUAGUAUCCCUAGUCAGGGCAAGUAGUAUGUUUGACCCUUAUGGAAUCCAAGUUGAAAAUAGAUUUGGAAUUAUAAUUGGCUCUAUAAAAGGAAAACAUGCAGUUGUUUUGUCCCAUAUUUUGGAUAAAUCACUAGCCAUCAUUAAAGGGUAAAUAAAAUAUAAAAAGAUUAUAAUUUUUGACUAGCAAACAAUUUAAUUUUGUUUUGUUUUAUAUCUGGUCAGCUAUAAAUAUCGCAGUCACUGCCUACAAAACCAUGAAAAAUGGAAUGGUAAAAUUUUCAGUUUGUGAGGAAUUGAUGUCAUUAAAGUUCAUCAAACCUAAAAUUACUAAUUUCAUAUUUAUUGAAAUAAACCACAUUUGUUUGAUGUGGUUUUGAACAUGUUCACUUUAAAAGAAAUCUAAAUCCAAAAAUUUUAAUCAGUAAAUAGUUUUUUUUAAUUAACUGAAUAGAAACUUUUAACUAAAUAUUAAAAUUUCGUAUAUUACAACAAUUUAUUUUGCAUUUUUUUUAUUAUAGAAAAGUAUCUGUAACACCUAGGAAUAUUUUCUCCUUCCCUUUAACUAUCAAUCUGUGGGGAGAUCUGGAUAAAAUGGGCCAAGUCCUAGAUUACCUCAAGGCAAAUGAUAUUCCAGUAGAAUCUCAGUUUAGGAUGGACAACACGCAGAACCAACCAACUUCCUCUUUAUUUCCCAUGGACUAUGGCCAUGUUCUGUCCUCAAGGACAUAUGUGUCGCCAAUAGAGGUAAAUAAAAAUGGCAUAGUUAAAACAAUUUAAAAAAAGCUAAAAUUCCAUUAGAUUAAAUUAUUCCAGUUUAUUCAUAUAUCAUAUAGUUUUGAAAACAUCUUGAAAUUUUAAAAAAAAGCAUAUUAGGACUUUAAAAAAAAAAUCCAUUUUGCAACAAUAAAAAAUAUCAGCAAAGUAUCUUUUCAAGUUAGUUGCAACCAUAGGUAAUUUGAAUAAGGCACACCACUUUCUUGGGUUUAUGAUUAUGUUUGAUUUUGGGAAAGGGCUAUUCAUUUACAUUUAAAUGAAAAGGACAUGAAUCCAAAACAUAAUUUUGUGGUAAAACAAAUUCAUGGACAGAUGAUACUUUGUCGUUAGUAGCUAUAUAGUUUCAGUGUCUUUUUGUAUUUACCUUCUUCAUGCUGGUUUCCGAGGGUAAUACAUUAUUAAUUUAAUUUUGUGAUGGUCUUCAGAUGGAAAAUGAGCUGGAUGAAAUGUUUAAAACAUUAGAUGAGGGAGAUAAAGUUACUGAAGCAGAUCCAGCACUUGUAAGUGUACAUCAUCAAUUUUCCUUUGUAUGUAAACAUUGCAUUUAAAAUAGAUUACAUUGUUACUGCAUGGCUUCAGUAAAAUUCCCCCUCUUCUGGUUGGCUUCCCAAAACAAAGGAACUUUUUUUAUCCAUAAACUUAAAAGUGAUUUAUUUACUUAAUAAGUUUCAUAGCCAGCAUUUUACCACAUAUGCUUCCAAUAUUAUAUUAUUUCUUUUGUUGCUUUAUGUUUUUUUGGCCAUAUUUUGAAAUAAUUCUGAAAUAAAAGACUAUUAACCUACUAUUUUUACACAAUUUUUGGGAUUUAGACACAAUUUUAAAAAUUAGAUUGGUGGAGAGAACCCUCCAGAAUAAUGUUGUCUGGACACAUCAUCAUUUGAACAGAAUUCCAUUAUGGUUCUUAGGCUGUGAGAACACCUAUGUACCCUCAUCAGAAGCAAGCGUUAAAUUGGAUGAUGUGUAAAGAAAAUAAAGAUACACUUCCGCCAUUCUGGAACAAAAGGGGUGACCUUUAUGUAAACACACUUACUAAAGAAAGAACAGUAAAAAAGCCAGAUAGUAUACACGGAGGUUAGUUGAGAAUUUAAGAGUAACAACAAAUAUUGAAAUAUUUGAUCUGGCUGAAAUUGAAAAGUUUUAACUUAUGUGAUCAGUGUUAUCUGGAGUCAAAUGGAAAAUACAGAAUUUUAUGGUACAAUAUUUAUGGUGUAUAUCACCUCUUUUUUUUUAAGAAUGAAAAAAUAGUCUUUUUGGAAUCUGUUUGGAAGAAUGCACAAUUGAAAUCAAAGCGGAUCAAUAAAAAUAAGUUGAAGAAAUCUAUUUUAAGACAAUUUUACCUUUAUUUUACCUUUUAUUUUAUUACCUAAUACUUUAUCUUACCAAGUGAAUAGUAAUUUAUUAUACUGAAAAUUCUUAAUAAGAAUGCAUGAUUUUAGUCCACUAAAAUUGAUCAAAAUCUCAUUAUAUUGUUUCUAGGAAUUCUAGCAGAUGACAUGGGUCUAGGAAAAACAUUAGAAAUGAUCUCAUUGAUAGUGACCAACUUUGUUAAAGGCAAGCCUCUGGCCGAGCCCUGUUCUAAAGUGACCAGGGAUCACUUUGGAUCUGUAGGGAAGGUAAGUCUAGGCUCAUAUUGUAAUUUAACUUUGGUUAGGUAGCCUAUUUUGAUGCUUAAGUUCUUGUGUAUGAUGUCUAAACUUUCCAUGAUGGGAACUUUAAAAUGAAUUCAGUUUAUAUUUUGUGUUAAAAAAAAACUGAAUUCACAUUCUUUUCAUUUUGAUUGUGUUUUUUUAUUCAUUUCUAUAUAAUAUUUAAGACAAUAUUUUUUUGGUUAUUGGUGGCAUCAAUUUAAAAGCAAGGAAAACCAAAGUACUUAUGACUGCCAUGGAUUAUAAUUUACUUAUGUUUCUAAUGGCAUUAAAGUUAUACAUUUUUAUCAAAAUUAAGUGACAUCGGUUGGUAAAUAAAAUGAAUGAACUAAAAUUAUGUUCAGACAGAUUUUGAUUGAAACCAUAACUGCAUGUAUAUUCACAAUAAAACUUGGGAUAUCUCAUUUUAAAAAGGAAUUAAUUGUGUUUCUGAUGCACUCGGCAGUAAAAUAACAACCUUUGAAAUUAUUUUUUUUUAUAAACAUAUGUUCAUUAUUGACACCUGUUUUAUUUGCAUUACUAGAUGUCCAAAUCCACUUCAUUUAGUAGGAUUAAACAAGAAAGUGACUCUAAGAGCAGUCUGGAUAGUUCGUCCAACUCACCAUCUCCCCACCGGCUCAUUCUUCCAAGCCACCCAUCUACAGCUUCUGUUGAUAUUAUCUCUGAGUGUAAUAACUGUAAGUAUAAUUCAUCAUCCCUGAUUAAAAUAUUGUACAUAAAAAAAAAAAAAAGUUUUUGGCUCCUUGCAAGCUCAUAAAAUAGAAAUAACUGAAAAUUUUGUUUCCAAAAGUAAUGUUUAGAACUUAAUUUAUGUUAGGGAUUAAAUAAUCAAGGAAGGCUGAGUGCUUGAAAAAUGCUAAAACUGCACACUAACAAAAGGCAUUUUUAAAAUAAUUUUGUUAGGAAGUCAUUUGAUUGGUGUCCAAAAUAUUACAAUUUCAGUUCACGCUUUAAAUAAUGUGGCAGUAAAAAUGGAGGACCAAGAUUCAUUAUCCUCUGGUUUUGAGACUUCACGAAGUACAGAUCUCACGACAGAGGUUUUGGAGAGAAAACCAAUACCACCACUUGUGCUCAAACGUUCCGUAUCAAGAAGGUAAUGAGAAGGUUUUUAAAAAAAAUUUUGUUUGAGUUAUCCUGUGGUUUACUUAUAUUUUUAAAAAUCUCAAAUACUGUGUUACUUUUGAAAAAUGAUCCCUGUUCUAAGCUUGCAUUACCAAUAAUGCAUCCAUUGUCCAAGCAGCUCACUUCUUACUUACUUAUUUCAAAUUUAAUUUUUUAUUUUUCCUGUCAUGAAAUUAAAUAAAAUGGAUUAAAUUAUUUUUUGAAGCUGACUUUAAUAAAUUUACAUAAAAGUAGAGCUUUGUUUUAAAAAUGAACAAUAUGUUAACAGACUUGUAAGAAUUUUAUAUUGUCUUCAAAUUUUUUCUUUCUAGCAACUGUCUUUGGAGGCCAAACACAGUUGUUUUUUGUUUUUGUUUUGGAUCAGAAAUUAAAUGUAUGCAGUUUUCUAAACAUUAAAAAAUGCAAAGCAAUGAUAUAAAUUAAAAUGAAUUGUUGUUUUCAUAAAACUGAUUUUAGUCCAGUCAGUUUUUAUUUGUUCAUAAUUAAAAAUUUAAAAACAAAUAAUUAAAUCAGAAUGUUUUUUUUUAAAAUUUAUUUUUCCAUAGUGUGACAAAAUUAUGACACUAUAUAAUUUUUUCACAAUAUAAACUUUCAUGGGAAGUUUGAAAACAAUGUGACACUUUUACUCUACAAUUAUUGCCUAUCAAAUCUACAUUUACAAUCUUAAUUUAUGUAGGAGUUCAAAAAGAUCAAUUUGGUGUGUCGAUUCUGAUGAUGAAGAUAUUGAGGAUUUAUCACUUUGUUUAGGUAAGUUCUUACAAGUUAAAGAUGUUGCCCUACUUUAUCCAGUUUAGGCUCUGCGAAAUACUUGAGCUGUUGUUAAUUUGACUAAAUUACAUUUACAAACAAAACCUAUUUUGUUAACUGUCAUCUAUUAUUACUUUUAGAAUCACAUGGCUAAGCUGCAUCCUUGAUUACUAAACUAUUUUAAACCAUUUUACUGGACAUAAAGCAAUACAUAUCAAUCAGUCUGUAAUCUUUAUUUAACAUCAAUUGGAUCACCACUUUUGCAGACCUAUUGCCUGAAGGAGUUGGACUUCCUGAGUUGAUAUACUUAUGACUUAUGUCUUCUUCUCUUUAAAAUAAAAAUUAAAUAAACAAAUGAAGAGUUCCUUAAUGGUGCCUCCCAAUUGAUAGGCUAAAAGGACAAAACUGGCAAAAGGGUUAAGUUGUAUUGCCCUUUUAACAAAAUUGAAAAAAUUAAUUUGAAUUUGCACACAGUAUAAAUCAACUUUCCUCCUUGUCAGUUUUUGGAGGGAGAAAAUUAUUACUAAAGAAACUGCUGUCCUUAACUGUUUCUUACACAGUUUCUUGUCCUUAACUGUUUCUUAAAUAUAUAAAACUAUUAUCUCUCAGGAAAUGAGUUUAAAGGUAAAGGUGUAGGAAAGAAAUCUAAAAAUCAAGAAUCCUCAGAAGUUGCAGUAUUGGUUGCGAUGAACUCAUCACAGAAUUGCAGCCCAGGAGAACUUCAACAGCCAGUAGAUUAUAAAGAUGUCCCAGUUGGAGAUUUACAUGUUCAAAAUAGUAAGAAUUACAAAAAACUAUUUUGAUUGGUGUUGUAAUCUUAAUAUUUACAUUUUGGUAAAGAAAUACACAUGGUUCUGCUCCAGAAGAUUUAAAGAAAAAAACCUAAAAAAAAAACCAAUCAAUAGCUCAUUUAGUAAACUUCAAUAAAAAGUUGAUUCAUUUAUAAACUUUGAUUAUUAUAUUUUUUUAAAUAAUAAAAUCAGCUAUAAUAAUUUAUAACUGAGCAUGAUUCUCUUAUGUAUUAUGAUAACUAUAUUAUAUUGAAAUUUAAUUACCGUAUUUAUCGGCUAUAACACGCACAGGCGUAUCAAACGCACCAUUUGCGCCUCUAUGCGGUAUGUACUAUGGGUCCUUAACAUUAUAUCAGCGUAUAACACGCACACAUCAUUUACCCCCUAUUUGCAGGGAGAAAAAGUGAGUGUUAUAUGCCGAUAAAUACGGUACUUAUUUUUCAGCUUUAUAAUCAUAACUUAAUUCAGGAAAUUAUGGUGCUGACAUGUUUCCAUCAAAUCAACAACCUCACCCCCAUUUUAAGAUGUCAGAGAAAUUACAUUUUUAUUUUUUUCUAUCUUGUUCAGAUGUCAUUGAUGGGCCCCAUCUGACUCGUAAUAAAACAGAAUACCCUGAAAAAAAGCUCUUAGAACAAGUUACUGAACAUGGCAACAGCUUGGAGGAAGCAAUCGAUGUCGAUGCACUACCAGACAAUGCAAACACCGUGCCCAAUAAUUCCCAAGAUGUUAUCAUGGUUUCUGAGGAUUUACAAGUUGUGAAACCUGAGCCUAAUGAUUACAGUGAAACUAAAGUACAGGAAGCUGCUAUUGUCAUCUCUGACUGUGAGUUUAAAGUGUUUUUACCUUUUUUGUUUAUUUAUUUUUUUAAUAAGGAAAUCCCUUACUGUAACGUUUUUAAAGGAACAAAGUUUUGAAAGAAAAAUUCAAAACAACUCAUAACAAUAGAGGUGCACAAAAUGUCUUUUCUUAUCAAUUAGAUUUGUAAUUUGGAAUGCAAAAAAUAAUGUUGAGACAAUAAUGAUGACACCUGCAUGUAUUGAAAGUUAUUAAAAUUAUUAAAAGGUCUAAAAAGGUAUAGAGAUCAAACAUUUUUGAGUGACAUAUUUUUUGUACAGCUAAGAUGAUUCUGUCCUCCUUUUUGAAAGCAUACAACUUGAUUAAUUUCUAACCUCAAAAAAAUAAAUAAGCAAAGCUGCUAUUUGGAUUAUGUUAUAAAAAUUAUUCUUAUUUUCUUUCCCUCAGCGGAAGAUGAGUUGCCAGAUAUUGUGUCACCUUUGAUUAAAAAGAAGCUGGCAAUCAAGAGUAAGAGAUUUAAAAGUUGUAUAAUUUUUUAAUAUACUUACUUGUUAAUUUACUGUGAAAUUAGAAGAUGAUGAUUCGGAAGGCUGAUGUUGAGUCAUUAGCCACUAGUGCUGCUGCUUUAUUCUCUUAAACGUGUUUACAAUCAUCCUAACAACUAAAUAAUUAAAUUAUGAUUAAUUAUCUAUAUCACCAGAGCUGUCUCAAAAAGUAAAUGCUUAUGUUGAUAAGGAGACUGGACGAACAUGUACAAAUUCUCCACGGGGAACUCUAAUAAUUUGCCCAUUGAGUGUGAUCAGCAAUUGGGUGGUAAGUGAAGCAUUAAAUCAUUAACUCAUUCAUCCACAAAUUUACUUAAUUUUCCCUUGUAAAACUCUCUGCUAAAACCCAAAUGAAGUUUUGAAAUUAUAGUGGUUCAUAAUUUUGUAUAAAAUGUUUUACUAAAUCUUUAUGACAUGCCAUAAACUUCUAUGAAUUUAAAACACUUAUGCUACAAAUUUCUGGGUUCAAAAGAAAACUGGUCAUUAUAAUUAUUGCAAAUGGCAUGUUGUUUUAUAAAAGAAGACAUCUUUAAUACGCUGAAAUGGUUUUUGGGACAGGGAAAUAUGAGUUGUGUAGAAUCAAUGUUUCAAUUUUUUACAUGACAGGAUCAAUUCGAGGAGCACAUUGCAGACAAUGUUCUCAUCAAUCUACAUGUGUAUUAUGGUCAGAAGCGUACUUUAGAUGUUGAAUUCCUGAAAGGCCAAGAUGUUGUUGUAACAACAUACUCUACACUUAUGUCUGACUUUAAGGUAAAUUUUUUUUCCUUCAUAUUUUGAGUCAUAUUUAUAAAAGGUAAUAAAAGGUAAACAUAUUUAAUUUAGUUAAGUUAGUAACUAUACCCAUAUACACAUUAUUUUGACCAGAUUAUUUAAUAAUUAUUGAAUUCUGAUUAUUUUCUUAAUUAAAACAAAAAUAUAUUUUAUUAACAAGCAGUAGGUUUAUAAUUAUAAAAUAAAUAAAUAUAUUUAUUCCUUAUAUAUAUGAAAUACAUAAAUAAAAUAUUUAUUUGUCAUUUGUGUUUUAUUAAAUCCCAGUGUCACUAUUUUCCCCGGACACAUAAAUUUACAUUUUUUUAAAAAGCCUUUUUACUUUUAAUAUUUUUUUAUAGAAGUAUUUGACAUUCGAUCCCUUUAAUUGCAUUCUCACCAGCAUGGUUGAAAGAUAAUUAAUCAGUUCAAUGUUUCAGCGAGGUGACUCAAGUCCACUACAUCAAGUUGAAUGGCUCCGUGUUGUCCUGGAUGAAGGACACAUCAUUAGAAAUCCUGCUGCCCAGCAAACAAAAGCCAUCUUCAAACUUGAGGCAGAGAGAAGAUGGGUUUUAACAGGUAAUUUUGUUUGUGGAUUAGGAUUAUUUUUAAAUACCUGAUAUAAAAAUAAAAUAAAAAAUAUUCAGUUAAAAUAUGUAUGUCUAAUGAAAAGAGUGUAAAAAUUUUUUAAUGUUUGUACAAUGGUUUAUGUAUCUAUAUCUGAAAUUUAUUAUGAUUUAUCCUAUCUAAAGUAAUGGGAAAUGAAAUUGUUAAGCACAUAUGCCUACCUCCAGAGCUUCUAUAAGAUCUAUAGUUUCAGAUUUUUAAAAAAUUACAGAAUGCUACUAUUCUUUGAACAUGCUAUAUUUAUUUUAAAAAGCAAACAAUGAAAAUUAAAUUUGUGUGGGACAUAAACUUAAAAUUGAGUUAUUUCAACCUUUUCUUUAUUAAAGUAAAACAUUUUUUUGUGUGUUUAAAAUGACAUCUUUUUAAAAAAGAAUGUAGCUCCAAAUAAGUACUACAAUUUAUUAAUGUGAUUAAUUUUUUAAAAUCACAAUUUAAAAUUUUAAAAUGACAAUGCGCAAAUUUAAACUAGUAAAUUGUAUAAACACCUUUUCCCCCUUAUAUCGUCAAUCAGGUACACCAAUUCAGAAUUCCCUAAAGGAUUUAUGGUCUUUAAUAAACUUCCUGAAAGUGGAACCAUUCACAGAGAAGCACUUCUGGAAUCGUAUUAUUGCUGUGCCAAUGAUUAAGCAUGAGCCUCAAGCCGUUAGGUGUGUUGCUUUUAGAUCUGUUAAAGUAUGUUACAAUUUCUCAAAUAGUUAAAUAAACUAUGCACACUCAUACUUGUUAAAUCAUUGAAUAAUUUAGUAGAAAAGUUCAUUACCAGUGUAAUCAAAUUCUUAGACCCCCUACAUCCUAUUAGAUAAACAAGGAUGUUUCUUGGUUUUUAGACAUUUUCUUAUUUCUUCUAGGGGUCUGGACCCCAACCUCACUGUGUUAGCUUUGUAUAACUAAAUUAAAGCAUGAAUUGACUGAUAUCAAAUUUGUUUUGAAGACGUGUUGCUCAUCUUGUGAGAAACCUGGCAUUGCGCCGUACAAAGAACCAGCAGCUGAAUGGAAAACCCAUUCUGAGUCUACCAGGACGCCACGUGUACUUAGAGAAAAUUACUUUAAGUCCAGAAGAGCGAAGUGUAUAUGAUGCAGUGCAGAACAGAAGUCAAGAUAUUUUUGGAGAGUGAGUGCAAAGUGGAAAAUGUUUAAUUCAUUUAACCAAAGUCAAUAUUUAUAGGUUUGAGCUUGGGAAUAAUUUCCUGAAAUGGUUCUGAAAUUUAUUUAUUUAUAUUUUAAAAAAGCGGCGAAAUUAGUGUUCUUUAGUUCUUGAUAUGUUGAAAGUACAUUUUCUAAUAAUAACCGGCAAGUGUAAAGAGUAAUUUUAAAAAUUUUUUUAUCAAAUGUUUUUUAAUGUCAUCUUAUAAUUUUAAUGGCCUACCCAUUGUUUAAUUUUAUUUUUGUGUCCACUGAUUAAUAGAGGAAUGUUGAAAACAUUAUUUAAAAAAUUAAUUCUUUUUUAAAAAUUCCAAAUCCAGUUUCUGUGAUGAUGGGACUUUGCUCAACCAUUAUGGAACUAUUUUAACCCUCUUGUUACGGCUACGUCAGUUAUGCUGUCAUUCCUUGCUGGUACGCAAGACAUUGGCUAAGAAUAAGAACCCAGGUUUGUUUGUUUAGGGUUAACUAAGACAAUGUCUUUACAUUUUAUAUAAGGGUCUGCAACCUUUUUGAAGCAUUUUGCCAAAAUAGUGUGCCAACAAUCUGUAAGUCUAUCUGUUACCUUUUCGAAGUAUUUUGCCAAAAUAUUGUGCCAACAAUCUGUAAGUCUAUCUAUUAUGACAUGGUUUUAGUUAUUUAUUAUUCUGUUUGAUCUUCUGAGUAGCAUUAAAAAUGGAUCUGCGUGCCAAGUCUGGCAUGCGUGUCAAAGGUUGCUGCUUUAACAUAUAGACAAGCAUAGAUGAAAUAGGGUAAAACUCAUAACAUUUCAUGAUCUUGUGGGGAAAGUGCUCAUGAAUAUGAAAUGCUUUGCACUACAAACAUUUAUAAUUUAGUCAAUAAAAGUUAAAUUUUAUAACAUUGGAUAACUAACCAAUUCUGAAAUCAUAAAAAAAUUUAAGUCACUUUGUGUAUGUUCGGGUCUGGUGCACAUUUUCAAUGUUUUUCAUUCAUAUGUAUUAUUUAUAUUAUAAUAACUCAUUUUAUUUAUUUUUUUAUGAUGCUGAAGUUAUUUAUAUUAUAUAGAAGUAAAUAAAUAUGUAUAUUUUAUUGGUAAAAAUUAAAUUAUAAAAUUAUAAUUACAAUUUUGUAAGGGAAGUAAAUGACAGCUUCCAUUGCCAAGUUGAUUAUGUUGCAUCACAUCUGCAACAAGAGGCUGAUGAGACAAAAGUGCCAGGGAUUACAAAAAUAUGGCAAAGGGUGCUCCUCUAAUCUUCAUCCCUGUGUCUAAUUUAUUUAUCUCGGCAAAAAGUUUUAUAACUACAGGUAACGGUUUCUGACUAUCUCUUCAUCUGCCACUUAAUUCACCAAAAUGUAUCUAUUCAGAUUGUUUAACCUAUUCACUGAAUAGAACAUUACAUUUGAUUUCAGAUGCAGUCCUUGAUGACAUUCUCCACAGCGACAACGCCAUCUCAGAAGGGGAUAAGGGAGACAGGCAAAAGUUGAUUGCGCAGCUGAUGGCCGUUCUUGAGUCAGGUUCAGAUGAGGAGUGCUCUAUAUGCCUGGAGAGUCUUAAGGAGCCGAUUAUCACGUCCUGCGCUCAUGUUUACUGCAGAAAGUGUAUCGAACAUGUUAUCGAAACAAACCUGGUAUGUUUAAUACAGGAAGUGUAUCGAACAUGAUAUCUAAAUGAACCUGGUAAAAAACCUGGGAUGCUUAUUGUUUGGAAGUGUAGUCAGCAUGUUACUGAUCAUGAUUUUCAGAGCAGAUUUUUUUUUAUCAGUCUUCUUAUGUUAAUCCAUGAGUUAUCCUUCAUUUUUACACAUUCACUUUAGAAUUUUUCCUAAAUCAUUACAGUACUUCUCUACAACACAUCUAUACACAAGACUUCCAAUGUCGCUAAUUCUAGUUUUGAAUCUGUCACUAUAUUUACAAGCAAAAUUUUCUAAUUUGUUACAAGGGGCUCAUUUCUAAUACAAACAAAAUUAUGAAUCUUAAUACAUGUUUCUAUAUAUGACAACUAGUUAUAGCCUACCAAAAAAUGGUUGCAGCUAUGCAUGAACUCCCCAUCUACUAAAGUUACUUAACAAAAUUGUGUGGGAUCCCGGAAUGGGUCACCACUGCUUGGUGUCAUGUGGAUAUAAAGUGUUAAACGCCAUUUUGGAUUUUUUAAAUACUUUUAUAGCAGAUCCAGAAAAGAAAAAAAGAAUGAAAGCAGGAAUCUGUGAUUGACAUAGUUAGUUACUGACAGAUUAAUAAGAUGUUUUGGGAAUGAUGGGCAAAUGUUACUGGUUUUUAAUUAAAGUAACUAUUAUAUUAUCAUUUAUUCCUUACUGCCUGCUUUUGGUAUAUCUUAAAAAAUAUAAAACUAAAAAAUUAUAAUAGAGGUUUUUAUGAAACUGUGUAUCUAAUAGUACACAAAUAUCAUCAUUCAACUACAUGGUUGUGUCUUUGCCAGAAUGAAGCAAGAUGCCCAAUGUGUAGGUCUUUGGUUGAAAAAAAUGAACUCUAUGGAGUCCCUGAGAAUGCUGAGAACGUUAAUGGAAAUCAAGAAAGUUUAGAAAUCGCUCCCAAUGAGUGGAAGUCUAGUGCUAAGGUAAAAUUUAUUUACUACUGUUUAUUGAAUAGAUUAAUCCUCAUCAAACCAGAUCAUAUUUUACCAUUUUAUUUAAGUUAUCUUUUCCUUUCAAUGUAAAAUAUGAGUUCUCUGAAUCAAUUUAAAACAUUUAAAAAAAAAUAAUUUUAAAAGUUACAAAUUUAAAUGUACUGUGCCAAACAAUUAUGGAGCAGAUGCAAAGAUCAUAUCAGGAUACAUUAGCAAGUGAGCUUGGUAGAAGGAAAUGAAUGAUGUAUUUAUUUAUUUUUAUCCGACAAGGCAUAUAGGUAAUUUGGGUUAAGGAGGGUUUUGGAGGGGCUAGGAGGGGUUGGGGAGGGAAGAGGCUAGGAGGGGUUUUGAGGGACUGUGUAAUUAAAGAGAUGAAAGAGGAACUUGGUAUCAGCCUCUUAACUUACGCUUUUACUAUGAAUGUUACUUCAUUAAAUAAAACUUGAAUUGUUGCCACAACAGGUUGAUGCCCUUAUGAAAGCCCUCCAUGAACUGCGUUUGUCAGACCCAAAUGUGAAGAGUGUCAUAGUCUCACAGUUUACUGCAUUGCUGACUCUACUGGAAACACCGUUAGAGUAAGUUUUGACCCUUGUUAUAUUAUGUCAUCAGCAACUUGUUUUAUUGGUUGUUAUUAUGGAUACGAAGAAACAUUUAAUGGCAGUAAAUCUUGUUACAAAAAAUAUUACCUGGAGGGUUAGACAGCUCCUAAAAUUAUAUUAUUUAACUAAAAAUAUAACUUUGGCUAACAGCUUUUGUAGGAAGAAUAGGCACGCUUUUUUAAAAUGUUGGUAUUUGCAACUUUUAAAAGUCAACAAAGGUUUUUAGUAUACAUCUUGAUAAAGAAAAAAUUACGCAUAAACAGAUAACCUGUUGUUUGCAAAUCACAAGAUGCUACCUCUUAUUUGAUGUCUGUUAAAUGAUUUUAAGAAAGGUUACUGGAUUGAGUUGAGUUUUUUUUUAAUCACAGGGAACAAGGUUUUAAAUUUGCUCGUCUGGAUGGUAGUAUGAGGGCUGGUGAUAGAUCAGCAGCUGUUCACCAGUUUUCUGACAAAAGCCCGGGAUCUCCUACAAUAUUUCUACUUUCACUUAAAGCAGGCGGUGUCGGGAUAAAUUUGACGGCAGCUUCUCGUGUCUUCCUUAUGGAUCCAGUAAGUGACAGAAUUUAAAAUUUAUUAUUUUAAAUUAAAAAGCUUAAUUUAAGAGAGCGGAAAUUUUAAAAAGUUUGUUUGGUAUUUUCAUAGCUGGUAUUUUCAAAACUGCAUUAGUGCAUGUCAAUUUUGAUAAAAUUGAAGUUAUGAAGCUCAACAAAUGGUAUAACUUUAUUUAAAAUAAAGUAAAAUUAUACCCUUUCGCUAACAUGCUUCAUCAGCAGACAAAAAUUUCCAGACAAAAAUGUAUUCCUCUCAAUACAAAACAUUGUGACAUUAAUUUACCAACCUACCCGAAUUUAUUUAAUUUUUUUUUCUUCCAUCUAGGCAUGGAAUCCUGCUGCAGAAGAUCAGUGCUUUGAUCGUUGUCAUAGACUUGGCCAAACAAGUGAUGUCAUAAUAACAAAGGUAAUUCUAUUUCCAUUCUUAUCUUUCAACAAGUGUAAAUGUUAAUAUGUGUCCUUUGACCCUAUCAGUUUAAGAUAUUUUUUCCUGGAAAGAUCCAUUAAGUGAUAACAUUACCCACCAGCUCAAAAGACUCAGUCAAAGAAUGCUUGACAGUCAAUUAAACUUAUUCUGAUUUUCAGUGGGCCUUUCAAUAUAGUUUAGUCUGAUGCCUUGUGUAUUUAAUCUAAUUAAACAUUUGCAAAAGUACAUGCAAUGAUUAUGUCUAGAUAUGUAGUUUAUAAAUCAUGACUAUGAAGAGCCUUGUUCAUCACAAUUCUCAAAAGGUGUUCGUUUUGAUUCAGGUCUACUCUUUUCAAUUUUAAUGUUUCAAUUACAAACUAUAGUAAAGAUUUUAAAAAAAUUAAAUACAGUGAAAAAUUAUGUAGAAUAAAAACUUGUAUUGACUCAGAAAUAACAGAUUUCAACCCCCCAAAAAACAGCACUCAUGUCAUAAUGUGACAUCUUAUGUAUGUCGGAAAUCUGCAUAGUUCAAAUAAAUAGUGGUCCAUUACCACUUCUCUUAGGUAUUCCUAAAACAAUUUUUUUAAAGGAGGAUAAGAAGUUUUUUUUUUUAAAAUGGAACUUUCUAUAAAUCAAUUUUCUGUUCUAGUUUGUAAUUGAGGACUCAAUAGAAGAAAGGAUGCUAGAACUACAGGACAAGAAAAGACAACUCAUAAAUGGUGUUUUGGACAAGAAACUUUCAGCAGAUCAACGAAGAGAUAUUAGAAUUAAUGAGAUCAGGACCCUUUUGAAUCUCUAAAUUUGUUUUCCUGUUCAACUUAGUUGUUUUACCUUGGGCUUUCUUUGAAAUGAAUUUAUCUUCCUGUGAUCUUCAUAUUUUUGUCAUAAGAUAACUUUACACAAUUGAUAUGUAACCAAUUGAAAACUUUCAUAUUUUAUUCAUUGUAAAAAUUAUAACAUUUUUAUAUGGUGCCUUCAUAAGUUAUGUAAUACUAAAUGUUGUACAGUUAUUAUUUUUUAAAAUGUAGAAUUUCUUACAAAAGUAAAUUAAGCUAUUGAUUAUUGAAUAAUUUUUAAAAUUAACUGGAGUAUUAUAUUUAAUUUAUACAAAUGUUCAUUUUAAAUAAUAUAAAAUAAGAUGAAAUAUUCAUGUAAUGUUUAUUUCAUAACAAUGCAUAACCAUAUUUUAUUUUUCAUGAUUUAAUGUUUUAAGCAUUUUUCAUUUCAUCAUAUCUUUAUUGAACUCAUUUUCAUUAGAAGUCACAGAUUCGUUAUCUGAUGAAACUGGUAACUGUGUGAAAAUUCUCAAUGUGGGGGAAAAUUGUGGUUGUUGUGUGAAGUUUGCCAGUGAAACAGACUACAUGUUUAAUCUUCAUGAAAAGAUCAGAUCCAAUUUGUGAUCAUUUUAUUGCCAUAAUUAAAUCUGCUUUACCCAGUUGUGAAACUUCACCAUUGACAUGUUCCUGGAUGUCUCUAAAAUCAUAUUUUCUGUAAACAAUAUUCUUUUUCAUUUUGCAAUAAAUUUUUUAUAUGUAUGAUACAGAAAUUAAGGCAGCUAAAAUGAUUUGUGGUGCUGUGUUCUAUGAGUUACAUAGAUGCACAUGUUUUUAUCUCUUUAUGUCUUCUGGCAAAUAUUAUUUUUAAGGGAGUAUAAUUACAUAAAAUUCAUUCAUCUUACAUCAUGUCGUUCCCCCCCCCCCCCCCAACAUCCCUUCAUUUACCGAAGCGUCCUUUUAAGAGCCAUCACCGUUGUUGUUUUUUUCUUCCAUCAAAAUUAAAAUUUAUUUGUGGUGCUGUGUUCUAUGAGUUUCAUAGAUGGACAUGUUUUUAUCUCUUUAUGUCUUCUGGCAAAUAUUAUUUUUAAGGGAGUAUAAUUACAUAAAAUUCAUUCAUCUUACAUCAUGUCGUUCCCCCCCCCCCACCAACAUCCCAUCAUUUAUCGAAGAGGUCUUUUAAGAGACAUCAUCGUUGUUGUUUUUUUCCUUCAUCAAAAAUAAAAUUUUAAAAAUCUUGCAAUAAAAUAUUAUUUGUUUUAAAACAGUAUUAGCUACAAUAAAUCGUUCUAAUACAUUCUGAUGUGUUUAACUUAGUGUAUAAAGUAGCUAUAAUUAAGUAUCAGUUUUUCUUUUUGUUAAUUUGUGCCAUGCAGCUUGUUGUUUUUCUAUGUUGUGAGCAUAUACCAAUUAUUUAUUAAAUUGUUAAUGAUUGUUGUUUCUUAGGUAAAUGAAUAUUCCUACCAAAUUUGCCUUAUGAUUAAUGUAAUGCACUACAUUUAUAAUAAAUUAUGCAUAGCAUGUUCUCUAAGGUUCUUUGACUUAACAUUAAUUAAAUUUAAAUGUAAACAUUAAAAAUUUUAUAAAAAACAUCAAUAACAUUUGCUAUAGCACUGAAAUGAUUUCAAACUAUUUUAAAUUGUAGUAUCUAGUAUUUCCACGUACUUCAAAGUUUUUAUUUCUUCAUUUGGUAAUCCAUAAUCAACCAGACAGUGAAAUUAUUUUAUGCAGAACUUCUUCCGCAUCUCCCAAGCAUUCCAUAACAUGUCUUUAAGAAUUAUAUCUCCACAUCUCCUCCUUACCUGAGAACUUUUCUUUAGUAUUAUACAUGUAUGUAACCGAUGGGACGAGCAUAUUAACAAUGUAUGUAACCAAGCAAACCAAGCCUUGGGGUUCUUAAGGCGAAAUCUAAAGAUUGGCAACUCCUGUGUGAAAGAAAGAGCAUAUAAAGCCUUUAUCCGUCCGAUUUUAGAUUAUGCAUCUUCAGUAUGGGACCCAUUUACCCAGAAGAGCAUUGACAGGUUGGAGGCGGUCCAGCGACGAGCAGCACGCUUUGUCCUAAACCGCUACAGGAAUACCUCUAGUGUUGGCAGCAUGCUAGAAACACUAGGCUGGUCACCAUUGGAGAAACGACGACGACAAUCCAGGCUCUCCAUGAUGUACAAGAUAAAUAAUGGGCUGGUCCACUGUUCCAGUAUUAAACAGAAACUCGUCCCUCUCCCCCAUAGACAGCGACGAGGCCAUGACAGGCAAUUCAGGCUCAUACCAGCAAGAAGCCAGUAUAGGAGCUGCUCAUUCCUGCCCAAGACAAUCAGGGACUGGAACCAUCUUUCAAAAGGAACAGUUGAGGCGACAACACUAGACACAUUUGUGUCUAUUGCCUCAAGCCUUCAAACCCCUAGUGCAUAAUUUCCUCAUCACCACCAGUAACAGAAACAUUGCAAAUCCCAUCUACAUGCAUAGGAGCCAAAAUGAUCAAUAAAUUGAUCGUGGGCCCUUAAGAUAUAGAAGAAGAAGAAGAAGACAUGUAACAAUGUUUCCUUUUUUCCUGUGAUUUGUGUCUGACAUGUCUUGGCGAAAACAGCAAAGGAAUACUUUUUAUCUAUUCAUGAGAAUAUAGCAAACUCUUAUUUAUCGUGUUUUCUUAUUAUAUUAUUUCAUAAUUCUGGAAUUCAUUUGGAGUGAAUGAAUGUUGACAUAUUCUAGCAAGGACUAGAAUAAAAAUUGAAGACAUGUACUUAAGUUUUAAUAAAAUUAUGUAAACUUGUUAAAAUAAUGUCUUUUGUAACAAUAGUCAGAAUAGUUCAAUUAACCUCAUUAAGAAUUUUGACAAUUAAAGCCAAAAAAUUCUUAACAAGUCUCCAUUUUGAAAAAGUUUGUCAUCUGCUACAUUUGUUUUUUUUAAAGAAUGUUUUUAAGAAAUUAUGUUUG